UUGAACGUUUGCUUUGCUUCCUAGGUUUGCCGUGGGAAGUGGCAGAUUCCUUUCCAGCGGCGGGUGUUUCAUUUGGAGUCGAGACUUCUGCCGCUGACUCCAUCGAAAUGGCCGUGUGCGAGGACACCCUGCUGUGCAAUUACCGCAAGUGUCGUGUCAAGCUCUCUGGCUACGCUUGGGUCACAGCUUGCUCGCACAUCUUUUGUGACCAACACGGUAGUGGGGAGUUCAGUCGCUCACCGGCAGUCUGUCCGGCCUGCAACAGCACCCUUUCCGGCAAGCUAGACAUUGUCCGCACUGAGCUGAAUCCCUCUGAGGAAUACAAGGCCAUGGUGUUGGCCGGCCUGCGGCCAGAGAUUGUCCUGGACAUUAGUUCUCGUGCGCUGGCCUUCUGGACGUACCAGGUUCACCAGGAGCGCCUGUAUCAAGAAUAUACCUUUAGUAAGGCUGAGGGCCACCUGAAGCAGAUGGAGAAGGUGUAUACCCAGCAGUUGCAGAGCAAGGAUGUGGAGCUGACCUCCAUGAAGAGUGAGGUCUCCUCCCUGAAGAAGGUAUUAGAAGAGUACAAGAAGAAAUUCAGUGACCUUUCUGAGAAGCUCAUGGAGCGCAACCGCCAGUACCAGAAGCUCCAAGGCCUUUAUGACAGCCUCCGUCUACGCAACAUUGCGGUGGCUAAUCAGGAGGCUGCCUAUGAGCCACCCAUGAUGCCUCAGCCUGCCAUCUUUGGCUUUCCAUUGAAUAAGGGUAAUGCUGGCAGGCUGCCUGGGGAAAUCACACCAGUCCGGGGCAGGUGCGGCGAGGGAGACUUCCACUUCAAGCCCUUUUUUGCCACGUCCCCUCCUGCAGGCGAACCUGGCAACAGCUUCUUCACUUUUGCUUCUCCUACCAAUGAGCUGGAGUCGCAUCCUGGAGCCAGCCGGGCCUUCAAGAUGAAGCGGAUGUAACUGGCUAUGUCCUGCCUCUGAGAAAAUUAGCUCAUCCAGUGCCGCAGAAAGCAGAAACACUCAUUGUCUAGGGCUGGCAUAUUUAUUUUAGGAGUUGCAAUGCCCUGCCACACUGCUUGUUGUCGGCAAAUUGUCACUCUCAGGCUGUAAUGCUGGUUGAUAUCUUCUGCCGGUAAACUUCUCUCCCUCAUGGGUGUCCCCCUCAGCUUGUAAAACUGAUUCACUUCCAGGCUGUAGGAGGUCAUUCAAUUAUUCAUGCACUUAAUUAAUCACACACUGAUUAUUUUUGGCCAGCUGCAUGCAUAUCUGAGAGAGAGAAUGUACUUGUGUGUGCGUCUAAAUGCGGGUGCAGAUCUGUGAGGUUGUAUGUAUUAGGGUGUGGAUGGGGGAGAGGGAAUGUAAGUCUGUGCCUGAGUUUGCUUGUGCACAUGUGUAAGUCUACACAGGUGUGUGUUAUCUGCAUAUGGGAAAUCAGCGUGUGUUUCAACCCCUGUCUGCACUUUGGCUUGUCACAUAAAUAUACACAAUAUUGAAUCUGUGGCUGUGUGCUAUAUGGUUAUUUGCAAGUGAGGAUAUUUAUUAUCUCAAGGUGUGGGCGUGCACAUUAUGAUAUGCAAUGGGCAUACUUUUAAGUGUGCAUGUUUCAUAUACAGUUGCACAUAAAAAGUGUGUAUUUCCUGAUGUGGGCUUGUGUGCACAUGUAGGUGCAUAUUUCCUUUAUGUCUUUGCUUGUCUCCAAACCUGUGUGUGGGUUUCUCAGUAUGUUAUCCAGUGUAUGCAAAUCUACUCUUCCGGGUACCCCCCAUCCUGUCUUUGCAGUACUUAUGCUAGUUAAUUUCCCCCCAAUUAAAGUUCAACUGUGCACUAAUUUCACCCCUCGCUUUCACCAGGACUCAUAAUUCAUAGAAGGAGCAACCAAAGGAGCAGGGCCUCUCC